UCUAUCAUUAACAUUACCACAGCAGUCUCCAGGCAUCCAGAAGUUCCCCACUCUAGACGAUGGACAACGCCCCCAGGGAGCCGCCGUCUCGCAGGAACAGCCUGGCGCAGCACCAUCAGGCCCAGCACCACCACGACACCAGCGAAGACCAUCACCGGAGGCAGGGUCAAGGUCACGUCGCUGAGCGAGGCCGACGGAUGAGCCAAGCGUCGAAGGACACGUCCAACGCUGGUCACAGUUUGCUGAGUCAUCCGACGGAGCUGAGCCGACGACCGAGUCAACAUUCUCACAUCACGGAAGACAACUAUGAGAAACACAGGCGCAUCAGUCUCUACAGUCUAAAAACCACAACCCACCGUGGCUAUGGACGAUCUCGGGGACUCCACAGAAAAGAUCACGACUGGCAGAGCGUGGCGACUUCCGGUGACCUGAACCCACCCAUCGAGUACGAGAACACCUACAAGCUCGACCCUGACAGCGGGUUUAACCCCGAGAGGGUCGAGGCUAUCAUUAAAAAAGUCCUAGAGGACAACCUGGCAGGACAAAAAUACGACAAAAAUUUGAUGGGGACAAGAUGUCUUAUCUUGAGCGACAUCAUUAAGGAAAAAGUCCGCCAACUGAAACUGAAUCGAUUCAAAAUUGUAUGCCUGGUUUUGAUUGGAGAGGUAAAGAACCAAUCGCUGAUGGUGUCUUCCCGCUGCCUAUGGGACAACUCGUGUGACAAUUUCGCAUCCUACAAUUACUCCAGUGGCAACCUCUGUGCUGUCGGCAUGGUGUUCGCAGUUUACCAAGAAUAAUAUAGUAGAGAAAAAAAAAUGAAACAAUU